UCAAUAAUAAAAUGUUUAAUUUUUUUUUUUAUACUAAAUGUACAAUUUUUAAAACAAAGGACCAGCCAACUUUGGUUGAUGGGAGGACCAGCUAAAAGUUUACGACAAUUUACGACAUUUUCGGUUCAUUUUUUUCGAUUUACAAGUUCAAUCUCGGUUUUAAGGUUGCCUCAUUUACAUUGGGCUAAGGAGGUCAAAAGGUAGCCCCAAAAGCAUUGGGCCACAAUUCGAGCAUUCUCCUAUACCCUAACCUCAAAUCCUAUCCCAACCCAACCAUUAUCCCAAAUUAAUUCAUCCCCUAACCUCCCUUUAGGUAAACCCUAAUUUCUAGGGUUUCUCUUUCUCUUACCCAGCAAAAUCACCCAAAAACCUCCAUUAUUGCAACUUCGCAGCACCAACAAGAAGCAAUUCGAUUGUUGUUGCAGUCUCGAGGAGAGCGAAAAUGGGAGGAAAGUGCCCGCAUAGAAGCGUAAGGAAGAGAAGAUACUCGCACAAAACUCAUCGACGUUCCAAAUUUGAAGUUAAAGGCGACGAUAUUGUCUACAAUGAUCUUCUGAAACCCGAUGCAAAUCGAAAGCCAUUGCCGCUUGAUGAAGAUUUGCCUGGUAUGGGUCAGUAUUAUUGCCUUCAUUGUGAUCGUUACUUCUCCAAUGUUGCUGUAAGGGAUGAACACUUCAAGUCCAAACGUCAUAAGAAACGUUUGAAGAUAAUGUUAGGACCUGCACCACACACGCAACUUGAUGCCGAACUAGCUGCUGGUAUGGGCAUGCCGGAUAACGGUCCAAAGUUGAUGUCUAUGUGAAUUGUGAAAUCUUCUUUUUCCUUGUAAUGAUAAAUAUUUUUGUUGAAAAAAUGUAGCAAGAUCAGAGAAUCUUUUAAAAAGUUGGAUUAGUAAGAAUACUUUCAGGCAUUAUUAUAAACUUGUUGCUGGUUUCUUUUACUAGCUGUCUACUGUA